AUGGUCAAGGAUUUGGGCAUUGCUGAGAAAGAUGCUUCACUUUAUGCGGGACUGCUCGUCUCGGCGUAUGCGGUCGCCGAGGCGCUGACCUCGAUGGGAUGGGGUAUUCUUUCGGACCGCGUCGGGAGAAAGCCUGUUGUUCUAUUUGGACUUGUUGGUGUUGCUUUGUCGAGUCUCAUCUUUGGUUUGGCCAAGAGCUAUUGGGUUGCUCUGCUUGCACGAUUUGUUGGCGGCGCGCUGAACGGAAACGUCUCGGUCAUGCAGACCAUGGUCGCUGAGAUGGUGAAGUUGCCCGAGCAUGAGCCCAAGGCUUACGCUGUACAGCCUUUCGUCUGGACUCUUGGCGGCAUCAUCGGAUCUGCAAUGGGAGGUUUCCUCGCUCAACCUGCCAAGUUUUAUCCUUCAGUCUUUUCCGAGGAUGGACUGUUUGGACGAUACCCUUAUUUGCUUCCUAACCUCGUUUCAGUGGCCGUGGUGGUCAUCGCCGUCAUCCAGGGACUUUUCCUCCUCGAGGAGACCCUUGUGAAGCCCGGAUCCGAGGGCGAGAAUGGCGUUAUCAACUACCAAGAAGUCCCCGCCAUAGACGAUCUCGAAUCUAUCGAUGAGCGCACACCUCUCAGACGCUCUGCAGUCCGCACCUCCGUUUCUCGCAGCCGUCGACAUAUGUCACCCUCCACCAGCCGAUCACGACCUCGCUUCGCCGAGUCAAGUCUUGGAAUGGCAGUCGAACACGACUUCAUCGACCUCCGCCGCUCUUCUUUCGGAACUGUGCACUCCAUUGUCCUUCCUCAGGAUCUUCUCACACCCCCUAACGAGGAGCAGGAGGACGAGCAGGCAAAGUCCGGUGAACGAACUUUCAACAAGACGAUUAUGAUGCUCAUCGUCGCACUGCUUAUCUUCUCAUAUCACCAAAUGGCUGCAAGCAGUCUUCUUGCCACGUAUCUGCUCGAUGAUCCUUCUGAAAAACGCGGUGCUAUCGACUGGAUUGGUGGUCUUGGUUACACCGUGCACGAUGUCGGCGUAUAUCUCGCAGUGAACGGAGUACUGGGUCUGUUUAUCCAGGCCGUCAUCUUCCCCGUGUUCGUGAGCCGUGUUGGAGUAUGGCAUUCCUUUGUGAGCAUGAUUAUCUUGUAUCCUGCUUCCUACAUGCUCAUGCCUUUCCUCUCCGCGUUCGGCGAACCUGUUGUCUCCCUGGGAAUCUACGCAUCGCUGUUAAUGCAGAGCUUCUGCGGGUUGAUAGUGGCACCCGUUACUCUCAUUCUUAUCAAGGAUGCUACACCAUCUCCUCAGGUGCUUGGACGAGUCAAUGGCUUAGCUAUGUCUGGUGCCUGUUUGGCACGUACUGUUGCGCCGCCUCUUGCUGGAGUUUUCUAUGCUCUGUCAGGUUCCGUGUCAGCGUGGUUCAGCUGUGUUGUUGUAGCUGUUAUCGGAGCAGUCCAGCUUUUCUGGAUUCCACGAAGAAGUAUCAAGAAGGACGAUGUCCUGGUGGAUAACGCCCUUACCAAGACAGUCACCAAUGAAUCUCGCCGUGGACGACGUGGUAGAAACUCUUUGUCAUAA